AUCGUCCAUGCGAGAUCGACACGAUGGCUACAGUUAAGAAUCCCCUACUGAUCAUAAUAAUCAUUGCCACCGCGUCACAAACGCUGGCCAAGACCUGUGAAACGGAAGACUACGACGAGGGUAUCUGCGUUUCGAUACAUAAGUGUGACGAAUUUAGAGAAACCCUUUCGGAGGGCCUAACCUCCGGUCUACUAAUUCGGCUGAGACGUGAGCAGGACAAAUGUGAAGACGACGAGCAGGAAGAUUUGGUCUGCUGCAAAAGAAAAGCUCGUCCUACGAUCCCACGAUCGUUUGAAGACCUAAAACCGUUACAUAAGGGAUACCAAGAUCUGCUACCGGAUCACUCCGUUUGUGGAUUGGACAGUGCCGAUAGGAUUUUCCACGGAAACUUGACCUAUUUGGACCAAUAUCCCUGGCUGGCACUGAUCAAGUACAUCGAUGAAGAUGAAAACGAGAACUUCAACUGCGGAGGAUCACUUAUCAACGAUCGCUACGUUCUGACGGCAGCCCAUUGUAUCAACAAUAUGAUAGCCGGUGUUCGUCUUGGCGAGUGGGACUUGGAAAACAACCCGGAUUGUGUCACCAGACAGGGCAUCAAUCAGUGUGCACCUCCGGUGGUGGACGUCGGAAUCGAACGGAUCGUCAUGCAUAAAAACUACACCCACCGAAUCUCCAGGGGAGGCAAGAUAGAUCUGGCGUUGCUCCGUCUGGAUCAGGAAAUUACCUUCGGGAAGUAUAUAGCACCGAUAUGUCUGCCGAAAACGGAAGCGGAAGCAGCCCUUCAGUACGAGAAGCCGAUGUACGUGGCCGGCUGGGGAAUGACCGAAAAUGGCACAGUCAGCAGCAAGAAACUGUUCGUGGAUGUUUCCAAUGUGGACUUGAAGCAGUGUCGAACGAAGAUCAAUGCUCCGCUGAUCAAGAUUGACGAAACGAUAAUCUGUGCGCUGGGUGGAAGCGGGAAGGAUGCCUGCCAGGGCGAUUCCGGUGGUCCGCUGAUGGAAAUUCAGACGACGGAUGCGGGGGUAGAUCGGUUUUUCCUGAAAGGUGUCGUCAGCAAGGGACUGUCCUGUGGAACAAACAAACCCGGGUUCUAUACGAAUGUUUUCCAACAGAUUGACUGGAUCCUGUCCAAUAUGGUAGCAUAGAGGAGCGUCCGUCAAUCAUGGAUAGUCUAUAAGCGGCUUGAAAAGGUCAUAAGAAUUAGGACUAUAUUACUAGUUUUGGGUAUCAAACAUUGAUUUUUGUCUCUCUGAGAUCGAGCACAUGUAUAGUAGAUAAACGAGCAUACAUUAAAUUUAUGAGAUUUCAACCAUGGU